AUCUCUCUGAGUUUUGGGAUAUUUGUGUUUUGCUUCCUGAAUGAGUACAGAGUUGCACUUCACAUCUUGUGGUUCUCAGCUAUUGUGGGUUAGUCCAUCCAAGAGGAGCUACCGUCGGCUUUUUCUUGUUGCACAACUAUCAGUGCUGGGAGCGGGUUACGCUGGAGAAGGUUGUACUGGUUAUAUUUUCACGACUCAGCUUGAAAAUGCCGGGGAAGAGCCACGGAAACCGCCUCCGAUAAAAUGUUGCGGAACCGAACCAGGAUGUACAUGUUAUCAUCCGGACAAUCGUUUAGUUGGGUGUAUAGCACCAGCUGCAACUGCAAGAGAAAGUUGUGGAGCCCGAGGAGGAUUAUGCACAUGUUGGUUAAGUUGUACAGAGAAAGAGAAUAGCGAGCACUCAUCAGAAAACAAUCCGGAACAAAAACCGGAGAAGAACAGUCCACAGGACACAGAGGAAGAGAUGGAUUCUGUGUCAAUACAGCUACAGCAGGAAAAUGCGAGAAAAAUGAGGAAUCGUAUAAGAAAAGAGUUAUUUGCUGCUAAACUUCCAGGGACAAUCUUAGCAGUGACGGUAAUCAGUUAUAAUUUGUUCCUCUGGAUGGGUGCUCAGUGUUACAACCUUGGUGAAAUGGAGAAACAUGAUAAAAAGGAGGAAGAGAAAAUUGAUGGAAAGGAUGAAAAGCAAAAUCCGGAUGCUUUAGUUCCAGAGUUAAAGAAAGCAGUCGAAGUGGCUCGAAAACUAAUACCUUUAUGGCUAACAUUCGCAUCUACGUGUUAUCUAGCUAAUGCAACGGCUGACUCUUUCUUCAUGGAACAAGUUGAUUAUCUAGAAAAGAAUACCGAAAGCUUCAAGAUUCAAAAAUCCGUUUUCUACUCCUUGCCGGAUAUUGUCUCCAUCAUAACCGGACAGGUGAGCUAUUAUCUAGUCGAGCAGUUCCAUGAUGAAAAGAAAGAAGGGCGGUGGGCUAGGCUCCUCAGAAUCAGCGUUGGUAUGCUUUUUUCCUCUUCGUGUUGCUUAGUUGCUUCUCUUGUUGCUCACAGAUUGGAUUCCAAUUAUAAUUCUACCAGCAUGUCGUGGCUUCUGCCCCAGUUUCUUCUGUGGGGAAUGAUGAAAGGAAUACUGGAAGAAGGGUUAGAAGAAUUUCUCCAUGACCAUCUGAACAAUGACUUACAGGUACAAGCAGUGUACGGAUUGCAGAUACUGUAGGGAACUUCCUCAGUAUGAUACUCACAGCAGCUUCUCCAAGCAGCUGGGUUGGUAGUGGCAAUGACAUUAGCAAAAGUCAUCUUGACAAUUACUAUCGCAUGCUGGCAAUUAUAACCCUAUUCUCCACGUUUUUGUUCACCAUUGUGAAAAACAGCAAUGUAAAGACAGUGACACAAAUGCUGUCA